AUGGGAAGCGCCUUUGACUACAUCCACGACUAUGGUAUCAUGAGCGAAAGUGACUAUCUGUACGAAGGCAAACUUGGCAAGUGCAGAUUCAACGCUUCCCAGUCUGUCACUAAGAUUAAUGGGGUCUAUGAUUUACCCUCUGGAGACGAAAACUCUCUCGCUAAAGCCGUCGCCAACAACGGUCCGGUUUCUGUGGGCAUUGACGCCACCGACCAACUCCAGUUCUACAGCGGGGGAGUCUUGUAUGACUCCACUUGCAACGACAGAGACCUCAACCACGGUGUCCUCGUCGUAAAGUAUGGUUCCGAAGACGGUUACAACUACUGGAUCGUCAAGAACUCCUGGGGGCAGCAAUGGGGCGAAAGUGGUUUCUACAGACACAUCCGCAACCACGGCAACAACUGCGGUAUCGCUACUGCUGCUUCAUACCCAUCUUUGUAA